AUGAAAGCAGAGGUGUGGAAUGAGCUUGUUGCUUAUUGGAGUUCUCUAGAGUGGCGAAAGAAGUCACAAUCUGCUAAGAUUAAUAGAAUGACAGUAAAAGAUGGGUCAAUUACAAAACAUGCUGGUGGUUCAAUCAAAAUUGAGAUUAAUGAGGAUCGAUUGACAAAGAAGUUAGGUAGGCCACCAUAUAAGAUUGAAGUAUUUCGAGCAACUCACACCAAAAAGGGUGCUGAUGGUGUAUUCAUUAAUGGCAAAUCACAACGGGUCGAUGAAGAUUAUGCAAGUGCAAUUGUGGAGAAAUAUGGUUCUAAUUCUGAAUCCCCACCAAUAUUUGAUAUGGAUAAGUGGAUAGAAGUAUCUGGAGGCUUUAAUAAAGGAAGGGUGUAUGGUUUUGGGUCUUCUGCAAAAUCUCAAACAAGUGGAUCAUCUACCUCUCAAUCAUGCACAUCUGCUUAUCCUGGGUCAUCUUCUCAGCCUGCGAUGACACAAGAGGAAAUUCAACAACUUAUAGAUGAAAAAGCAUCACGAAUGAGGGCAGAGAUGAUGGCUGAAAUACUUGAUCAGGUGCGAAAGGAGUUAAAGACCACAGGUGGUACUCAGUUUGCAACAUCUUCACAUCCAACCACUUCAGACUCCACAAAUCCAUAGGAUAAUCUAGAUAAUUGACUAUGCUAUUUAUGUUUUCGUUUAAAGAUAUUAUUAUGUGCGGAAUAUUAAUAGUACUUUUUCUGAAUAUGAUUGUAUUUUAACUUACAUUUUAUUAAUAUUAGCUACUUUGUAUGGAUUAUUUUACAACUUUAUGAAUAUAUGCAUUUUAAUUA